AUGCCCCUUUUGUUGAGUUUCCCGUUUCAGUUUCACAUUUUUCUUCACAAGCUUUCUUAUUCUCCCUUUCUUAGUGCUCCUACUCGUACCAAAGCUUAUGUGAGAACGCGUGAUAGCUACCUUGGUCUUGUUUUCUUGUCACACCCGAAAUACUCAAUUGGGUCAACAGGGUUUCAUAAGUCCACUCCAAAGCCUAGGGACUCGAUUCCUGCUGUUGACUACUCUGGCCUGUGUGAGCAAGAAGAAGAAUGUGAUGAUGGUGUUGUUUUUGAGGGAAGAGAAAUAGCUGAUGCCACCUCUUUUGUGUCCAAGAAGGAAUUUCCUCCUUGGGGAGAAGUAGAGCUGGAAGAUGGUGAUGAUAUUGAAGGAAGAGGAAAAUUUAAUACAAGUAUAGUGUCCAAGGAUGAAUUGUGUCCUUGGGGAGAAGUAGAACUGGAAGAAGAAGAAGAAGAUGAUGAUGACGACGAUGAUGAUUUUGAAGUUAAAGAAGCAUUUGGUACAUCUGUAGUGUCCAAGGAGGACUUACAUUCGUGGGGAGUAGCAAAACUGAAUGAUGAUGAUGGUAAUGAUGAAAGAAUAGGUGCUGAUGCAUAUUUUGUGUCCAAUAAGGAAUUGGCUCCCUGGGGGGAAUUCAAAGAAGAUGAAGAGGAUGACGGAAAUAACAAUGACAAUGACAAUGCUGAGAGAAAAGCAAAUGGUGGCGCAUAUUUUGUGGCCAAGAAGGAAUGGCGUACCUGGAGAGAAGCUGAAGAUGGCGACUAUGGUUUUGACUACAAAAACAAUGAUAAUGUUGAAAGAACAACAAACGGGGAUGCAUAUUUUGUCGCCAAGAAGGAAUUGCCUCCCUGGGGAAGAGCACAAGAUGAUAAUGUUGAUGACAACAAUGCCGGAAAAAGAGCAAAUGGGGAUGCGUAUAUUGGGGCCAAGAAGGAGUUGCCUACCUGGGGAGAAGCAGAAGAUAAUGGACGCCGUGAUUCUAGAACCGUGGAGACUACUUUAUCAUCUCCAGAGGGGAUGGGACUAAUGAAGGAGCAUGGGACAAUUUUUCUUGAGGAGAUGGAUGAGAAUGUGUUGUCUAAUAGGAUUGUGGUGCUUAGCCGAACUAACAAGAUUAGAAGUGCAAUGGUGUAUUUUAGGUCUAUGGAAUUAUCGGGUCUUUCUCCUAAUAUCCAUGCGUGUAAUUCUCUUAUUUCUAGCCUUUUGAGAAAUGGGAGGUUUGAUAAUUGCUUAAAAGUGUUCAAUUUUACUAGGGCCAAAGGGAUAACUACAGAACAUACUUAUAGCUUGAUUCUUAUGGCACAUGCAAAAGCUCAUGGUUGUGAUUCAGCACUUAGAUUCUUCAGAGAACUAGAAAGUGAAUGUGAUGUGGAGAAGGAUUUUGAUGCAAUUGUUUACAACACCAUGAUCUCUAUCUGCAGAAAUGUUGACAACUGGAGUGAAGUAGAGAGGUUGUGGAGGAGUAUGAAGGAAAAUGGGCGUGCUGGAACUUGUGUCACCUAUCGCCUAUUAAUCAGUAGUUUUGUACGAUGUGACCAAAAUGACCUUGCUCUAUAUGCUUACCGUGAAAUGGUUCAAAAUGGAUAUGAACCAGACAGCAAUGUAUUGAAUGCUAUCAUUAGUGUAUGUUCUAAGGAGGGAAAAUGGGAUGUUGCCUCAAGUGUCUUUAACACAAUGUUGAAGGGUGAACUUAAACCAAACUUAGUUGCAUGCAAUGCAUUAAUUAACUCACUUGGCAGAGCAGGGGAACUCAAGCAAGCAUUUCAGGUCUACAACACAAUGAAAUCAUUAGACCUUAAACCAGAUUCAUAUACAUUUAAUGCUCUACUAAGUUCUCUGAACAAGGCUGAUAUGCAUCACAAAGCUAUUGAGCUUUUUGAGAUGAUUGAAAGGGAUCAAACAUCUCAAUUCAAUGUUCAUUUAUUCAAUACUGUUUUAAUGUCUUGCUCAAAGCUUAGGUUGUGGGAGAGGGCUAUAGAAAUUUUGUGGCAAAUAGAAGCUUCUGGACUGUCUAAUUUGACAAAGUCAUAUAAUCUUGUCAUCAGGACCUGUGAGCUUGCAAGGAAGUCAACAAUUGCACUGCAGGUGUACAAGCACAUGGUUCACCAGAAGUGCAGUCCAAACGUAUUUACUUAUUUGUCUGUAAUUAGAUGCUGUGUUCGUGGAAAUCUCUGGGAAGAAUUAGAAGAAAUCCUAAAUGGGAUGAUGCCAAAUGCCACUCUUUAUAACGCUGCCAUUCAAGGUCUGUGUUUACGCAGAAAUGUUAACUUGGCAAAUAAGGUCUACACAAAAAUGCAAGAAAGUGGUCUUCAACCUGAUGUCAAAACACAAGUACUUAUGCUUCGUAUGAUAAGGAAAAGGAAGUAG